AUGGAAAACGUGAAGAACGUGCUGUCCAUCGACGACGACGUCCUGCUCCUCAUCAUCUCCCUCCUCUCCCACAAAGACGCGCGCGCGGUGGCUUGCAUGUCGAAAUAUGCAUACUGCUUAGCGACACCCAGCACUCUUCACGACGCAAGUUAUCCAUACAAUAGGAGAGAGUCCGAGACGUCUCGAUGGGAGUACAUCCUCGGAGACGACAAGUACCUGGGUGUCCCCCGAAGGCGCUACCUUCGAGCGCUUGGUGUUUGGACCUAUCCCAAGGACGAAACCGAGAUGGCCUCCCUCUUAGAAGCCUUACCCUCGUUUUCAAACCUCCGGUCACUCCAUUGCGGCCACUCCAGCAGGCUGAUAGAGCAACACCCACGCUUCGUCGAAGGUAUCCCCAACCUGGUACGGCUCACAGAGAUUGAACUCCAAGAAUUUUUUUCAACAACCCUACCGAGCCUCUCUGCCGUUCUCGCCGCUCCCCACCUCACUAAUGUCACUCUCUCGCUUCCGGAAGACCCUGAAGAUAACGAAUACUGGGAUGUUUCACAAGGUUUUGCACUCCUAACGACACUCGCCGCUCUCCCCUCAUUAUCCACCCUCUCCUUGAUCUGUCCUGCCAUAGGCAUUCCGCCACGCUCUACCACCAUGCGCACCAUUCCUAUGCUCUCAUCUCUUCGCCACAUGUUCAUCAAGCUCCUCGUCUCGGAGGCGUCCGCAAACAUCGUCGCGUACUGCCCAAACCUGAUCACGCUCGAGUUGGGUUGCUGGGAGACUCAGGGGGUUUAUGAAAUGAAAGAGGACCACCUUGCGCAUCUCUCGCUGCUCACCAAAGACAUCUGGCCGUCCAUCCACGAGCUUGACUGCUCGAUGCCCUGGUCAACUUCGUUCACGGACUGUCUUGGACGCGCGAGAAAGGUGACGAUCCACGAUAGGCACCUGGACCACCACGAAGACUACCUCCCCAUCCUCAGCAAGACCCUACCGUCCUGCCUGCACUUGAUGUACCUCAAAUGGGGCAACUUGGAGUGGUGGCCGUCCAUGGACCAGUUCGAGACGGAGCAUGAUCUCGUCAAGUACGCAUGGAAGGAGGUGGCGAACACGCUUCCGCAGCUGCGGUCGUUGGUGUUGGGUUUAUACGACACCGCGUUGAACGGGGACUUCAUGAGCAUGCUUCUAGAUGCGCUCCUUCCUCUUCCUCUCACGUACUUAUCGCUUCAAUUUAACGCUCCCUACACGCCACUAAUGAGCAAACACACCGCCAUGGCGCACGCGAACGAGAUGCGCGCGGCCGAGGUGCUCCGGGUCGACACCCUCCGCGCACUCCCAGAUGCACUCCUGCGCGCCCUGCCGCACGUGCGAGUGUUCUCGCUUCUGGGGUGCAAGGCGAUUCUGAAUUUUACGGAUCUGCGGAGCGGGCGGUCGGAACCAUUCUGGGAGGACGUGAAACCGGAUUUCGACACAGCCAUCCAGGCGCAGGACGCGGUGGACGAGGAGUGGGGAGAGACGAGUCCCCAGGUUGACGAGCAUCUGCGCGAACUGAGGCGACGAGCGGACGAGACUGCGGGGCUUCGGAACGAGCGGUGGUGGUGGGUGGAGGGAGAGGGAGAAGAAAGACGGGCGAUCGAGAUCUGGAAGGAGAAGGGCGAGUGGGCGCGCGAUGUGAUCGAGAGCGUGGACUUCCAGCCGGGGGAUCUGACUGGAAUGUUUUCUGAUAGCUGGCGCUACGACCCAUAG